AUGUCCGCGCCGCCCGCCCUGCAGAUCCGGGAAGCGAACGCACAUUUGGCGGCCGUGCACCGGCGCGCGGCGGAACUGGAGGCGCGGCUGGAGGCGGCUGAGCGCACGGUACGCGCCCAGGCUGAACGCCUGGCCCGCCAGGAUCAGCAGCUGCGCGCCGCCCUGGACGAGCUCGGCCGCGCCAAGGACCGUGAGAUCACCACUCUGCGGGAGCAAUUGCUGACCUCUGAAGCUGCUGUCCACAGCCUGCAGGCUGCCCUUUGCCAGAGGGAUGACCUCAUUGGGCAGCUGCAGACCCGGGCCAAACUGCUACAGGACAUCUGCUACCACCGGCCACCCCUGGUCCGGCUGCUGGCUACGCUGGCUGAGGCUGAGCGCCUGGGACCCCUGCCAACCAGCGACCCUGGAGGGUCGAGUCCCCCGCUUGUUAACAGCACUGGGGAAGAAGGUGGCGAGGACCACCUGCUGCCAGCGGUAUUUGGGACCACGGUGUGA